AUGGGCCAACACGGCAAAUACACCAACUCGCUGCAAAUCGCAGCUGACAUGGACGCUAUCCGCAAAGGCCUGGGUCAGGAUACGCUCAACUUUUGGGGACUCAGCUAUGGAGGUGUCCUUGGACAUACAUACUCUGUCUUGUUUCCUGACAGAGUUGGACAUGUGAUCCUCGACGGCUCUCUCCACCCCUGGAAAUGGUUCAGUCAUCGUGCAUUUGGGCGAGAUGCCCGUUCGAGCCACUUCCUGAUGAUGACGAGGCUUCGGGCCGAGGCGCUCUCAAUUGUUGAGAAAAUUGAAGCUCUCAAGACUCCAACCAAGGUGCGGCUCAACAGCACCCACCAUGGCCUUAUUGGGAGACUGGAUCUUUGGACCAAAGGUAUAAUCCCCGCGAUGGGAAGUCCACUCAAGUGGCACGAUUUUGCCAACCGGCUUGCAAGCCUGAUGCGUGGAGAUGCCAAGGAAGCAUUCUUGGCAUAUGGGACUUAUGACGAGCCGCCCUUUGACGGCCUUGAAAUGAAUGAUUAUCACGACCUUGUUGCUCUGAAUGAUGCCGCAGACGGAGAGUGGAAUGGCGAGGACUGGACUGAUGCGUUUACGAUGAGCAAAGACAUCACAGCUUUCCUCACAGCUUACUUAGUUCUCAACCCGACGUACCUCGUCGAAUUCGAGCGCUUUUUGCAAGCGACGCAAUGGCGCAAUACCCUGACCAACCCCGCGAUGAGGGGGCAUCGACCCGAAGAAGAGCCCGGCACCCCUAUGCUGUUUAUUUCGACUGGUGAACCCUACCUUGAUCAUGAUCUUUCCAGGCUUGCCAGCAAUGAAUGGCUCGUCGUCAUAGAGGGGGGCCAUGGGGGUCACACCAGCAUAAGCAUGCCAUCCAAGUGCGCGGCACUGGCGAUCCGCGAAUAUCUAGACGGCCGCCCCCCAACAAGCCAGGUUGUUUCCGAAUGGGAAAGCCACGUUUGCCGCGUGGACGGUCCAGAGUUCGUACAUCCUGAUGAGCUGGAGACAAAUGCUCGAGAGAUUGUUGGGGACAAUGAGGAGGAUGUUCGUCUUUACCUUGCGCAGGUGGCGCUUGCUCGAGAUACGAAUUGGAGAGUCCCGUGUCAUUUGACAGUACCACCUGACGAAAGAGUAUACCAAGAGCACAAGGCCAUAUUGCGGCGAUUCCUACAAGAGCACCAGAGAGAGGUGACCGUUAGCACGUGGCUGCUCAAUCUCGGGUCGAUCUGA